AUUUAAACCAUGAUGGAACAAACUAACCUCAAAAUUUCUUGAAAAUUGGAUGGAAAGUUUUCAUCUUGCGUGAAAACUAAAAACCGAGUGUUCCUAUUAUAAGCUUAAUCGACAGUGAUUAGUGAAAAACAGAAGAGAAUUAAAGUGGCAAUUCCCAGGUUAUGGCAAAGUACAUAGCCCAAAUAAUAGUGCUAGGCACUCAGGUAGUGGGAAGAGCAUUUGCGCGAGCAUUGCGUCAGGAAAUAGCGGCGAGUCAGGAGGCAGCCAAGAGGGCUGGAGGUGGAUCUCAAGGGGUUAAGAGAGCAGCAGCCAAUGCCAAGACUGGACUCUCCCUGGAAGAGGCCUUGCGAAUUUUGAAUGUCGAGAGGCCAGACCAGAAGGAACUUAUAGAGAAGAAUUACAAAUAUCUCAUGGAGGCAAACGAUCGGGCAAAGGGUGGCUCAUUCUAUCUUCAAUCCAAAAUUGUGAGGGCGAAAGAAAGGAUAGACGACGAACUCCAACACAGUCAUAAAACAACGGAUCCAGAGCCUGCCAAGGACGAGACCAAAUGAUACAUGUCUGAUAAAUUUGGCCUUUUAGUCUACAAAACUUUGCUACUGCAAAUUUGUACAUAUUAUUGACUUAACUAUAUCAUAACGAUCAGAUAAAUGAUGUUGAUACGUACCUGAUGAUUUAUCAAGUUUCAGGGAGAUUAUAAAGUAUGUAAUAUUUUUUUUUUGUUUAAUAAAGAGGACACUAGUCGUGCUGCAUUGACAAUUUAUAUUGUGGUUUGAAGAUUUUUAAAUAUCUGAAUUCUAGAAUUUCAAAAUCAUAUAGGAAUUGAUUGAGUGUUUGAAUGAGAAGCAAUUUCUUCCAUAUCGAGAUUCCCUACUUAACAUUCUUAAAAAUUUUGAAAAUUGAUUACCUGCAAUUAUAUUCAAUGGAUUAUUACUAAUAGUAAUUGUUUCAAAUUAGUUUAAAAAAAAGAAAAAAGAAUAGGAGUUGUUACAUAUCAAAUCAAAAUAAGUUACUUCCACAAUUAUUAUUACUCUUAUUAUUAUUAUUAUUAUUAUUAUUAUUAUUAUUAUUUCAAAUUUCAAAGUAUUAUGUACAUAAGUUUAUAAUUUCAUUGAUUUAUAAAUUUAAAUUUACAUAAUUACUAAUAAUUAUAAAUACUCUUUAAUUAUGACAUUAUUGAUAGAUCAUAUGAAAAUUCAAAGAACAAGAGUACUCGUUCACAAACGAGUCCCUGCAAAGUUAAUAAUCUACAGCAAUAGAUAGCGAAAAAAUUCGUUGUUGUUUCUCUCGAAACGAUAAGUAUAAAUAAAUAAAUAAAUUAAA